AUGGCGUCGAGCGCGUCGAAGCGCACGCGGGAACGACACCUCGUGACGUAUAACGAUCGCGAGGAGACGCCGUUGGAGCACGCGGUGGAGGAACACUGGGACGAGGGGACGAGUCUGCUCAGGAGGCUCCCGAGCGAGGCCUCGGGCGUCGGGCACGCGUUCUUUCCGGUGUUGGAGGAUUGCAUCUUCGUCGGACAUCUGAUGACGGAUUUGGAUAGCAUCGCAGGAGCGAUCGGGGCGGCGCAUUUGUACGACGGCACGCCCGCGCGGGCGAGCGAGGUGAACACGGAGACGACGUUCGCGUUGGAGACGUGGGGGGCGGAGCUUCCGGGCAAGGUGGAGGAUCUGUUGAGAGAGACGCCGGAGCGAAACGUGUGCCUGGUAGAUUUUCAGCAGCAGUCGCAAUUGAAUCCGGCGAUUCCCAUGGCGAACAUCGUGGGAGUGAUCGAUCACCACGCGCUGCAGUCGAACACGAUCGUGACGGAGAAGCCCAUCUUUGUCGAUAUUCGGCCGUGGGGGUGCAUGUCGAGCAUAAUAGCGCACUCUUUCGCGGUGCAGAGGAAAUUCCUCCCGAAAAACAUCGCUGGGAUGCUGUUGAGUGCGAUUUUGAGCGAUACGCUCAAUCUCAAGUCGCCCACGACGACUGAGUGGGACGAACGCAUCGUCGCGAUGUUGGUGCAGUACCUGCAGGUGGAGGACGUGAACGAACUCGCGGCGAAACAGUUCCGAGCGAAGAGCCAAUCCUUGAAUCUCAUGACCCCUUACUCUCUCGUGAAUGGUGAUAUGAAACAAUUCAAGUUCAAUGGCGGUGGCGAUAAGACGUAUCUGGUCGCGUAUAGCGUGAUCGAGACGACGGAUGCCGAGGCGAGUCUCUCUCGCGCGGCGGACAUCCUUCCGGAGAUGCGAGCCGUGAAGGUGGCGGAGCCCUCGAUAAAUGCCGUGUUGUUGGCCGUUGUGGACAUUGUGAAUUUGCACUCUACACUGCUCAUCUGUGGGAGAGUCGAGGCGUCUCUCGCCUUGGCGGCGUACGGUGGAGAGCUCACGGCGGACGGCUCGAUGCUUCAACUCGCUGGAUUAGUCAGCAGAAAGAAAGAUUUCGUGCCGCCCCUGACGAAGGCGGUGAAAGAAGGCUGGGAGCCUCCACAACUUAGCGUAGAAAUAGGCUCCGCAUUGGACCUAAAUGGGUUGCAUCGAACGAAAUCGAUGCUAGAUGUCCCACAUGGAGAGGUCAGCGUGGAGUACACCGACGAUGUUCCGUCUGGUUUGCUCGUGCGCCGCGACGACUGA